CAACAGCAGUGUUUGUGUGGUCAUGCGCCUUCUAGCCCGCCAUAGCUUCCUGUCAGAAACAGAUACUUGAGUGUAUUUUGUGAACCAUUGUAUCAUUAGUGACCUUAAAUGGCGUCUAGUGUGUGUGCGCAUUGGGAGCAAGUUUACGCUGAAAGCUCUAGGUGCAUGGACUUCAUGACAGCUGUUAGCAUAGGCAACAUCUCGUUUGUCUGUGAAUUGCUUCAACGAGCCUCGGUCAUGCAUCUGAAUUUGAGGAACAAGGAUCUGUGGACACCUCUGAUGUAUGCUGCCUGCUCUGGUUACUCCGAGAUUUUAGAGCUGCUGCUUCGAUAUGGGACGGAUGUGAACGCAGUAAACAUUCAGGGCCAAACAGCAACCGUAUUAGCAGCUAUGUAUGGAAACAAGGACACUGUUCAUCUACUCUUAAAGUUUGGUGCUGAUCGCGAGGUGAGAGAUACUGAGGGUCAUACAGCCCUGUUUCAUGCUGUAGCACAUGGUCACUCUGCUGUUGUCCAGACACUCCUUGAUGCCGGAGCGAAUGUAAACUGUGUAGAUAAAAGUGGCGUUAGUCCUCUCACCAUUGCCUGUGCAGCAAGGCACGAAAAUGUUGUUGCGCUUCUUCUGAGGGCUGGAGCCAAAUUUGGAGCUGGUGGAACAAAUGCGCAGUUACACUCUCACUUGCAUCAAGGAGUGCACCCAAGAGAAAUAGGCCAUAACCAGCAAAUGACCGACUUAGUACAGAUGUGCCAAAAUAUUACUCUUCGCAACAGGAAGACUACAGUCUCUCAAUAUGCAAUCCCAAAACAUGAAAUACAUACUUUAGACCAGCUAUUUCACUACUUGGAUAUCACGAAAUACCUGCCAGUUUUUGAGAAGGAGGGCAUUGAUCUCAGCCAGUUUUUGAAAUUGACUGAAUCUGACCUUGAGGCAAUUGGUAUUAGGCUCGUUGGACCUAGAAUGAAGAUGACAAGAGCGAUUGCCAGCUGGAAUGUGUAGUAGUAAUCAGCAGAAAGCAAACAUGGAUUGAAAAAGACUUACAAGGAAGCGAUAUUAAAGCGAUGGCUUUCCUGGCCUGUCUGUAGCUUCAUGGGACCAACCACCAUGUGACACACCAUGGCCACUUGAGGGCUCUAUAAAGUUACUGCAUUUAAACGUGUUUCGUGCAUACCCAAAGAUGCGCCCAAUUUUGAUAUUGAAACGUUCGUUUCACUUUCAAAGCUGUCUACCAUUACGGCCUGAAAGGUCAGUUGGUGCUGCUUUGUAAAAAGCAAGUCAUCGUUGCAUGAAAACUGUAUGCUUACACUCAACGUUAUCUCCUUCGCCGUAGCGCUUAACACAUCCCAUUCACAGAAAAAUGCGGACCUACCGAAUACAUGCUAAGAUGACAUCUUCCAUAUCCUUCAGUGUGCAUCUUCUUUUCAUUUAGGAGCAAAGUUGCCUUCGUUGAAUUCUUUCAAGCAUUCUUUGGCUCUCUUUCACAACAUCAAACAACGUACUCCUAGCAAUGCCGAACUUCCAUGCAAAAUGAUCUAUUAGUGGACCGUUUAAUCUGUCCAAAUUACACGGAAUCUCAAUAAAUGUAGGUCGCUAUCCUGGAGUUGCUUCUUAAGUGGUGCAAUAGCCGCAGAGUUGUUUGGUUUUGUAUUUGUGCAAUACAAAAGUAUUCCCAUCAAUCUGAAGCAAACUUUUGGCUCCUCUGGGCAAACGAAACAGAAAGCGGAACUUACUGGACCGGUUCUGGGUUUCGAGGAGCUCUCCAGGUUUUUGCGAGCACCGUGGCUAUGCACAUUCUAGCUUGGGCCUUUUUGCUUCUGGAGGUGAAUGCCACUCAGCUAAGUGGCUAGGUGGCUAGACUAUGCAUAUUCCCGAUGGCAACACAAAAGCGUGCAUACAAUGGGCUUCCGAAGUUGCUUGCAAAACACGCUAGCAAAAAAAUAUCAAUGUUAUUAACAGUUUGGAUAGUAGUAGCUUGAACAAAAAUUUGAUGACCUUUGACAACAACUUUUUUUUUGCAACAACAACACGGUUCAGAACUCUCCCUGCAUAACCUCUCAGCCACUGACGGCAUCCGUCAGAAAAAGUGGUUCUGGAAGAUGCCACGCAAAAAAGACUGGAGCACUUGUUGCAGCUCAGGCAUGAAGUGUUAUAAUAAAGCUUGCAAAAAAGCUGCAAUUCUGUCUUCUUAUUCUUGCUGUAUCCAGCAGUUUUAGUCUAUUAUGACUGUUCUUCUUGUUGAAAUUUAAUUCAAAGUGCAUGCUCUCAGAAGUAAUUUCGUGCCUUUUAAUGUUUGCAUACAUCUUCAAUAAAUUCCUGGUGCUGU